AAAACCUUAUAAGAAAAGCUAGGCCACUAGUGCGCUAUUCUCCCUCCUCUCUGCUCCCCUAGUAUCUCUCUCUGUCUCUCCCUCUCGAGAUUAAUUCAAACAUGAAAAGCAAAUUGGCUCUAAUAUUUCAGGAAAUUUCUUAAACAUUUCAUUGAAACUUUGGCGAAGUUUCCAUUUAGAGUAAAGCAAAGAAUUAGAUUUAAUUUGGUGUUUCUUUGGCCUUUUUUCCCCCUUUGAACGGUGGAGAAGUGAAUUUAAGAGUAUGUCGUGUUGCUUCUCCUGCUUCAAACAUGAUCCAUCUAAGGAUCCUUUAAAUACCGCCUUGGUAAUUUCACGGUAUGAAGAAGAAGAUCGCAUGGUACGUCGGAAAAGACAAGAAGAAGAUGAAAAGAUUGAGAUUGAAAGGGUUAAGGAAGAAAGUUUGAAGCUAGCUAAGCAGGCGGAAGAAAAGAGAAGAUUAGAAGAGUCGAAGGAGCAAGGCAAAAGAAUACAAGUGGACGAUGAUCAGCUUGCAAAGACUACUUCUAAAGAUAAGGGACAAAUUAAUCAUUCCAAAGAUGUAGUGGAAGAAGAUGUGAAUCCUCCUCCUAGGUAAAGCUAUAUCCUAUAUAUAUGUGUUCCACUGCGCAAUUUUGUAUUUAGAGAUUUUUGGCUCAAAUCAAGUAUUGUUUUACUUUACUUGUAGCAGUAUUGAUGGCAAAUCUGAGAUUGGAGAUGGAACAUCUGUCAAUCCUCGAUGUUUAUGUUGUUUUCAUUGCCACAGACCAUUUGUUAUGCACGAGAUUUUGAAGAAGGGAAAAUUUCACAUAGAUUGCUACAAGGAGUACUACCGUAAUCGCAACUGCUAUGUUUGCCAACAAAAGAUUCCUGUAAAUGCGGAAGGUAUAAGAAAGUUCAGUGAGCAUCCGUUCUGGAAGGAGAAAUACUGUCCUAUUCAUGAUGAGGAUGGAACUGCCAAGUGUUGCAGCUGUGAAAGAUUAGAGCCUAGGGGAACGAACUAUGUAAUGCUUGGUGAUUUCCGGUGGCUAUGUAUAGAGUGUAUGGGAUCAGCGGUUAUGGAUACUAACGAAGUCCAGCCUUUGCACUUUGAAAUCCGUGAAUUCUUCGAAGGCUUGUUCUUGAAGGUUGACAAAGAAUUUGCUCUGCUUCUUGUCGAGAAACAAGCGCUUAAUAAAGCUGAGGAAGAAGAGAAGAUCGACUACCAUCGUGCAGCCGUAACCAGAGGUCUUUGCAUGUCUGAAGAGCAAAUUGUCCCAAGUAUAAUAAAAGGGCCACGGAUGGGACCGGACAAUCAGCUAAUAACAGACAUAGUUACAGAGUCUCAAAGAGUGAGUGGAUUCGAGGUUACAGGGAUUCUCAUCAUAUAUGGACUUCCUAGGUUACUAACAGGAUAUAUCUUGGCUCACGAGAUGAUGCAUGCUUGGCUUAGACUCAAUGGUUAUAAGAAUCUUAAGUUAGAGCUUGAAGAAGGAUUAUGUCAAGCGUUAGGUCUCAGAUGGUUGGAGUCUCAGACAUUUGCAUCUACUGAUGCUGCUGCUGCUGCUGCUGUAGCUUCUUCCUCUUCUUUUUCUUCUUCCACUGCUCCUCCAGCCGCUAUCACGUCAAAGAAAAGUGACGACUGGUCUAUUUUCGAGAAGAAGCUCGUAGAGUUUUGCAUGAAUCAGAUCAAAGAGGAUGAUUCACCGGUCUACGGUCUCGGAUUCAAACAAGUUUACGAGAUGAUGGUCUCAAAUAACUACAACAUUAAGGAUACCCUUAAAGAUAUCGUUAGCGCUUCCAACGCUACACCAGAUUCAACGGUUUGAAUCAGCCCAUACAUUAUACCAACAAUACCUUCUGAAGAAAAAAGAAGAAAAUCAUAAUAAUUAAUUGAUUCCCAUUUGUAAAAAUAAAAAGAAAGGAUUUCCCGUAAAAAAAUAAGGAAAUCAAAAUCAUAUUUUUCUUGAAUUGCAGUUUUUUUGGUCAAAAAAAUAUACGACAGUUUUUUGUAGUUGUCGGCCGACAUUUAUCAAAACAAACAUAUCUCACAAGGACAACAGAAAGUGGAGAAAGAUUUACAAAAGGUUUUGGCUCG